AGUACCGAUCAAAUUCGACGAGUUUCGACUAAGAAUCGCCGGAGACACGAUCGCGAGUGUAAGCGUUUGCUUUCAGCGCUUAUCUCAUGUUACAAAUAAAGUAGUUUCGUCUAUACGGCACGAUUAGCAUAAUUUUAUCAUGGUAACGUUAUACCGUCGCGACGGAAAUUUUGCAUCGGCUGAAAGAGGCGGAUCGAACUUCUUUCCUCCGAUCGAUCGAAGAUAUUUAUCCUCUCGUCUCCUCUUUGCUUCUCUUCUAAAAACAAAAGUUCCGUUUUCGCUCCAUUCCGAGGUUGCCGAGGUUGCAAUCGCAGGAUGCAAACUUUGCAAAGCGAUUCGAACAAAUAACGAAUGUAGACCAGGAAACAAGCGUCUCUCGUCUGCCCCAUUUUUCGAUCUAACCAGCCAGGUGAAUCCUGCGACAAUGUCAUCGCCGGGAGGGACGGAUCGGUCGAAAGCCAGCGGAAACAAAAUGCUUAAACUACCGUUCCACUCGCUCUUGUUUCUCGAACAGAAAUCGUCCGAUGACCACCGGAUCGCGGUUGCAUUACGAUCGAUCCGAGAAUAUAGGCUCUAGCCUGACCCACAUUCCUGUUUUCUUCGAAACCCGAUGACCCCGUUGGUCCAAAAUCCGUCUGUGCAAGGAUUCAAAAAAAAAAUGUGCGAUCAAAGCGAUGCAGAAACGCGAUUGCAGUUAUUAGUCCUUCACAGUUGCAAGACCUUGACGAAAGGAUUAACCGAAGACAGAGCAAGCCGGACGAUGCGAUGAUGCAAUCGAUGCUCGUGGGUGCCUCAAGGAAACGGCAAUCCUACGAAAAAAGCCUCGCAACAGAGUUAUUAAUCUUCUCGUAACCGACUCGAGAGAACUUCCUCUGUAACUCGCAAUUAUGCUGAUUGCGCGGUGCAUAGUUAUUCGAAACACGGUGCCGUUCACGGACCAACAGCCUAAGAAAAAGUGAUUUACGCGGGCGGAAUUGCGGGGUAACGAUCGAUCCUCUCGGCCUUUCUUCGCCGUUCGAACGUCCUGCUGUUGCGACGAUCCCAGCCGUUUGGAAAAAUCCACGCAACCAUCGUCUUUGUGCUCGUCUUCAAGUGCAACUUAAACGCUCUUUUCGAAUGGUUCGUUGACCCCUUGCUUGAAGCGCGUCACACCUUUCUCCACGAAACAUUAAAAUGUAAGUUAAUCGGACGAUGCCGAUGAAAGCGGCAAACUGGAACGAUAUAAGUAGACUGCGGAUGUUUAUGCACAUUUCUCGUUGCACAAGCUAGCGCCAACCAUAACAUCCAGUUACAAAUAACAAGCAAACGACCGCUAUCUUGCAGAUGUUGCCGUGUUAGGAAACGAUCGCGGUUUCGGUGAAGAAACUUCGAUGGCUUCAGAUGGUCGAGCUUCCGCUGCACAUUCGAUAAAAUCGUGUUUCGACGUAGAAGGAACGUCUGUAAAAAAAAAGAAAGAAACUUCGAAAGGCUGAAACAAUAAAAGCCGCAAUUAUUUGUGCGUCGACCCGAUAACUUUUCGUCCCCUGCGCAUCAACAUUGAAGUAUCGAAGUCAAAGUCAUCGAUCCUCGUCCAGGUGACCGUCGCCGCGUGGAACCGGCUUUACGAUCCUGGAGAAGGUAGGGAGCACUCGAAGCGACUGCCUUUCCCGUCAUCCGUGGAUCCCCAGUAUUCCUGGUUCCAGUCGGACCGAUGGACGGUUCUCUUCUUCCGUGUAGUUUCAUCGUCGAUUCGGGAUCAUUAAUUCGUAAUUAAACCGCGUGCUGGACAUCGGUGCUCGGUCUACCUGAACGAAGAAACCUGGACCAGCAUGAGCUCGGGGAUAAUCCUGCUGGUGUUGGCGAUAGGCCUGUCGAACGGUCAGCUGAACUUCGAGGGUAGCCCGCUGACCGAGGACACGGAGUACACCGCCGAAGAGUCGCGAUUCUCGGAAAGAACAGCGAGACAGCAGGAAGCCGUAGCGAACGCGACGACGCUGCCGGAGGCGAUUUCUCAGAAGCUGUAUCCGAUCACGGAGGAUGUUAAGAACAGCUCGAAGAACCUGGAAGCAAAGUCUUCGGUCAGCGCACACUCGACCGAAUCCGUUCCGAGACCUUCGCCGAAUCCUCAGCAUCCUCUCAUCACGGUUCAGCCCACGGUGGUGCACACGCCUCGUCAACUAUCUCCUAGUGUCUAUAAUCCUGGUAGCAUCACCGCAAGCCCUGCGGAUUAUUCCGUGAACGUGCCCGAGCUGGGACAACCAUCGAGUCCUCAGCAUCUCAUCACGGUGCAGCCUGAGGUGGUGCAAACGUCUCGUCAGCUAUCGGCAACCGCCUACAAUCGAGGAAACGAAGUGACAAGCCAUGCAGAGGUUGCUCUGAAUUCGUUUCUGAACUCGAAGACGCCGGAAGAGUCUCGACUGUCCUUGGACAGCUACCUGCAGAGCCAGGCGAGUGUCGCGAAAGACCAAUCGGGCCAGCAAACGGUGCCUCUGUCCAAUCAAGCGCAAUUAGUGCGACAGACGCCAUCGAUCGCGGUUAAUCAACCGUCUACGGGGCUGACUUCCCCUGUGAAUCAACACCUGACGGCGCAGCUUAUGCAACAACGGCAGGCGAUGUACGCUUUCCCCGUUAACCAGAGGCAGCCUUUCAACGAGCAGCUCUACAACGUGCCUGCGAACCAGCAAGAUCCGCGUGCACCUGUUCCGGCGGCCGCGAUUGCUACAGGCAUGCCGCAGCAGACACUGCAGUCGCCUUACGCGCAGAAUGUACAAGCCAGGAACGAUAUUUUCUAUCCGCCCGGAUGGCAUCAGCGUAUGAGAAGAAUUCGUGGGAGACCGUUCCCGUACGUGCAGUCCAGAGGCGGGCCCGGAUUCUACAAUGCACCUGUCCCAGGUCCUUACAAGCCAAAGUCUCCGCCGGUGGAGGUGAUCUAUACGAAGCCUCCGGGCUACAACCAUGGUCCCCCGGUCCUGAGUAACCCCCCGGUACCCUACGAAGACGCCAGCAACUGGUUUCCCGAAGCGGACCAUCCUCCGCCUGCCAAAGACGUCUACUAUUCCCAGCUUUACGCGCAGUCCUACGAUCCUUACUAUUACAAUUACAUCGCCAAGACCGGCAAGAUCAAGCCCCACCUCUACGGGAAGCUGGGCAAAUAUGAAGACGGCGGCGACGGGAUCUGGGCCGAGCUGUACAGAGGCUUCAAGAAGCACGGCUUGAAGAACAUCAUGACGCCGACGUUUCUGCUGGGCAUGACUCUUCCGGUGGUCACGCUGAUGCUCACGGCGCUCGUCCAGAAGAGAUCCUUCUCCUCCAGGUCGGACUCCAGGGAGUUCUCCAACGAGGAGACGAUCCAGGAGUACCUGAACCAGCUGCGGGACGCCGUCGAGUGUUACGAAAUGAAGAGAAAGAGGAGGGACACCAGCUACGAAGGCUGCUGAAGCACAGAACGUCGUUAUCCUGGAAGUUCGCGCAGUUACAGUCGUCCAUUUCGAGCGAUCGUCUUUGCCUCGAUAAUGGACACUUCUUCGUAACAUUCAUGAAGUACGGAUGCUCCGGAUUUCAAGGAAAUCUUGUCGGAGAACAUUGUCGAUGUCCUCCCGACUCGGAGUAGACCAGGUGAAAAUGCUGCUGUAAUCGAAAUUGGACGACUUGGAACGCGGUGGCUUGUAAGGCGACCCUACAGUUUCACUAAUUUAUGGGACAAAGGACUCUUUCUAGGAGUGCGAACGAUCAGAGCGUUCGAAAUGGUCGAGAGAAGUUUGAGACGCGCCUGGAGAGUCUGUCGAGCAUGCGUGAGUGGAGAUUGCUCUCGGAGGUUGUCUCUGAGGGUAUUGUGCACAAAUAGAGCAACAGAAUUGCUCUCUUUCUCUCUCUCUCGUCCAACACGAUUUGCUCCCCGGUUAGGUGUUUUGUAUAUAUCGCGUGUAAAAUAACGGUGUCGCGUACUCGCGAGUCUCCAGGGAGCCGAUAGUGCUAUUUCAUUAGACGGAUGCACCGCAUGUAUGCGACAAAUGAAUCGUUAGACCAUUCAUGGGAGAAGGCGAGAGUGAAUCGUUUCUACGUGAGAAGCGAACGUUCGUGGGUCAAUUAUCCCUGACCCUGUUCACAUCCACGUGCCGUCGCGUCAAUCCUCCUAAACACUGGCUUCGUCGCAAGCUUCAAUUCCUUUCAAUUCUCGGCUCUAUCGGCGUUUCCUCGUUCGUUCACGGUACUUUUACUUUUCUGCCAGGUUAAUUGAGCCGGCUCGACCAACGACAACGGUAUCGUAUUUGUUCUUGGGACUUUUCAAAAUGUGUGACACGAACGAGAGUUCUUAAUGAUUCCAUUUUUCUUUCGAUAUCUCAUCGUAUUUUGAAUACUUCGUCGGAAAGAGUAUGAUUCACCCAGACGACUCCGACCAGAGAUCACCGACCCAGAUUCACGCGUUUUGCGCGACGAGCCCUGAAUUCCAAAUUAGAAAUGACAUCCGCGAUUCACCGCACCGUUCGCAGCCCGUGCGCAUCGUGAAUCGUGACACAGAAAUGGAUAACCGGUUUAGGCGUGCACCGUCAGUGAUUUCAGCCAUCGGUUUAGUUAAUGAUUACGCGACCUGCUUGGGAAACUGGUCCAGAUGACUUAAUUUUCUUGCUUGUUAUUUUUUUAUGUCGUCUCUCACGCUCGAGAUCGGUCGAAAGGCUUUCCUUACAGUUUUCGUUUUGCGUAAGUCUGAUUUUAAGGGGGAACUAAUCCCUUUCCAGGCUGAAUUGUAGGCAUGCAAAAAGCUCGCCGGUCAGGGGAAUACGGAAAUUCGGAUUGUUCCGAAUGAUCCUGGUGGGGUGACGCAACAUUCAAGAGCACGAUGUUGAUUAGUGCUGCGGCGAUAAGGUCAAUUACGAUAACCUGACCAUUAAUGAGCCUAUCGUGAAUCAAGCGUGACGGUUAACGUGCGAUCAGCUCGCCGAGCUUUUAAACUAGAACGAGCAACCAGAAAUUGAAAGAUCUAGGGUGAGAUUUUUCGUGGUCGUCGUAACUCUAUCCUCUGUCCGCUGAGAACGCCGAUCUAUCUAUGGUUUUAUUUAUCGAUCCUUCGCGGAUUCUUUCAAGCUUCGGGAAAAUCGCGGCAGCGUUUCUUAGGGGAAAGAACCGGUUCCUCGAGACGACUUGCACUUUAGACGCCGCGUCGGAAGUUCGCGAGAUUCUCCUUUCAUCCGUGUCUGAAACAGUGCUCUUUUUAGCCUCGAUCUAAAAAGGAUCCGAUCGUAACGAGCAGAACGAGCCAAGCCGAGGUAAAUCAGUGUUAGAAACUCGAAAUUUCCCAGGAAUC